UUAAAAUUUUAUAGAUAAUUAAUUAUAAUUUAUUUUUAUUAAAUAUACUAAUCAUAAUUAACAUCGAAAUGUCAUAAUUUUUAUUAAAUAUUUCUCUGCUAUUUUAAUGUGAAUACUAAUAGAGUGAUAAUCCAAAGAGUCUAUACUUUCGCUCAUUACCAGACUACCCACAAAUAUUACAACGAUCAGCAUGUCAGAUUAUCCUGCAAUACCUAAACCCACCGUCAACUUCAAUGACUAUCUCAAGAUGAUCAACAACCCCGACGGCUCCAUCAACAGGCUCAUCACCUUACCCACCACCGCUGCAUCACCUGAUCACACCACCCACUGCCCAGUGCGCUCCAAAGAUGUCACCAUCAACCCAGAUAAGAACAUUUAGGUCAGGAUUUUCCUGCCCCGGGAAGCACGGGAUACUUCCCCUGGUGCCGCUGGAGCUGCAAGAAAGCUGCCCCUCAUCGUUUACUUCCACGGCAGCGGUUUCGUGAUCUGCAGCGCCGCUGACACCGUUUUUCAUGAUCACUGCGCUCAUAUGGCGGCGGAGAUCGGUGCGGUCGUCGUCUCCGUGGAGUACAGGCUGGCGCCUGAGCACCGGCUUCCGGCAGCCUACGAGGACGGAGUGGAGGCGCUGCACUGGAUCAAGAGAGGCAGAGAGGCUUGGGUGUCGGAGCAUGCUGAAGUGUCACGGUGUUUUCUCAUGGGUAGCAGUGCGGGAGCAAACCUAGUGUACUUCGCGGGUAUACGUGUGGCGGAUUCAGUUGCAGAUCUUGAGCCGUUGAAGAUCAGAGGGUUGAUCUUGCACCAUCCAUUUUUUGGUGGGAUCCAGAGAACUGGGUUAGAGUUGAGGUUGGAAAAUGACGGUGUACUGUCUCUGUGUGCUACUGAUCUGCUGUGGCAAUUAGCACUGCCCGAGGGUGUUGACCGUGAUCACGAGUAUAGCAAUCCGAUGGCGAAGAAAGCCUCAGAACACUGUUCAAAGAUCGGACGGGUGGGGUGGAAGUUGUUGGUGACGGGCUGUGAGGGAGAUUUGUUGCAUGACCGCCAGGUGGAGUUCGUCGAUAUGUUAAAGGCAAAUGGGGUAGAGGUGGAAGCAGAGUUCGUGAGGGGAGAUUACCAUGUGAUAGAGCUCUUUGAUUCCUCCAGAGCUAAGGCCUUGUUUGGCGUUGUCAAAAAUUUCAUGGCUUAGAAAUAGUUUAUGGCCUUGUCAACUUCUCUGCUGAUUUUACCUUUUGGAUUGAAUGUAAGUAUGUAACACGCUUAUCCAAUAAAAUAAAUAAAAUUUAACUGCUUUUAAAGUGCGUUUAA